AUGCAGGCAGCCAUGGUACCCCGUUCGUCAACCAUCUCCUCACCUCACACCAAAGACGAGCCUACAGACGAUGGACCCCCUAUACUACAGAGAGAUGUCCAGGAACCAUACUCAAGCCUUUAUUCAUCGCCGGAUUCACGGCCUGUGGAUUUGCAAUCUCCCAUACUGGAGGAAGCAGAGGAAGGCGACAUGAACAAUGACGCGGCGAGUACGCCCACCAAGCCCAUGGGCAACCACGAGCCGCAGAAAUAUGUGCUCCAGCUCGAGCCUCAUAACUCAAUUGCACACGACGCCAUUCAAAGCUCUUCAUCGACACCAGCCACUCCUACACCAACUAGAGCAGCGACCCCACCACCAUUACCAACAGAGAAGGACAAGUUAUCAACCGCCUCCCCUAGAACUCCACUCCAGAGGAGAGCCACUGCACAAGAUAAGCCAUCCGUCAAACGAGGACUCUCAGGACUAUUCAAGCGGACCGUUUCGCAGUCUGCGAAUGGCCCUUUCGAGAAACAUGCCAAGACUGCUGCGACUCCUCUGUUCCCAGGAGCCGGCUUGCCUGAUGACAACGGAUCAAAUGUCGUACCGCCCAAAGAGCAUCGUGUCAUGCCAGUUCGAAGAAUGUCAGGUACCAGAUCAGCCCACACGACGAGACCUAAUUCACCGCCCUCCCCUACGUCGCCAGCGAUUAGAGGGGAGAAGGCGCCGCCCAAUGCCACGGGAGACUCGCCUUCCAAGAUCGCUUUUGCGAGUACCAGAAAGAAAAAUCGGUCAUUAAGUGGUCUUGGACUUCGAGAAAUUCUCACCAGACACAAAAUCACAUUUGCUCCACAGGAACUUGAGCCAGAGCCCGAACGGCGGAAUCGUGCUACAAGUGUGGAUUUUGAAAGCUCCUCGCAAGAGGGGACCCAACAAAAUGAUCCGCAGGUGCAACUUCCUUCGAGACAGGUCUGGGGACUGGCAGCCGACACAGGUACAGGGCUGAAGUCACGGCGUUUGAGUAUGAGCCUCCCUGACGCCUUCAUGGUCAACGAAGUCGAGCUGUACUCGGAAUUUUGCGAUCAGAGCAAGAUCAUUGGGCGACGAGGAAAGACAGCGGGAAAGGGGGCCACGGCCCAUGUCAAGCUUAUGUAUCGAAAGGGAGGUGGCCCCCAUGAGACAUAUGCUGUGAAGGAGUUCCGAGGGAAAUCGACAAAAGAGAAGAGCGAGGAUUAUGAACAGAAGGUCAAGUCGGAAUACUCCAUUGCGAGGAGUGCCCAUCAUCCAAAUAUCGUGGAGACAAUCCGUUUGUGUACCCACAAUGGACGAUGGAAUCAUGUAAUGGAGUUCUGCGACCAAGGAGAUCUCUUCAGUCUCGUCAGCCAAAAGUAUCUAUCCAGAAAAGGUCGCCUUACCGACCGACUUUGUCUGUUCAAGCAGCUCAUCCAGGGUCUCAAUUACCUUCACACCCAUGGCAUUGCUCAUCGUGACAUCAAGUUGGAGAACCUGCUCCUCACGAAAGACAGCAAACUUAAGAUUACGGACUUCGGAGUUUCUGAGGUCUUUGCCGGUAUCCAUCCUGGGCUACGAGCUUCGGGUGGGCAAUGCGGGAAGGACAUGGGCGAAAUCAGACUCUGUCCUCCGGGAAUCUGUGGUAGUCCACCAUACGUCGCUCCAGAGGUCAUUGCCAAGACAGGUAAGUAG